UGAAUUAUAUUUCUUGAGAAAUCAAGAUGACGUCUGCUAAAACAUGAAGGUUUUUGUUUUUGUUUUACCAAAUCUAUUAUUUGCAUUGUAGGCUACACACAGUUUCUACGAAGACGUCUUACAACUUUCUGAAAUAGAUCUUUGUUUUCUCAAUAGUUCAUUUCAGCUUAAUACAAAGCGAAGUACAAAUGAGAUGUUAAAUGCUAAAAUGAAAAGAAAUGGGUUCACAAAUGUGCAAGCCAUUAAACAAUGAAAAGAGUGCACAAGACGAUACAGAAACUAGAUCUACUACCGAAACUAGAAGACGACAAGGAGUGAGCCACGAAACACAGACACCACCAUUAGGAGAAUCCUCUAGGCACAAAACUUGUCAGAAAAAUCCUGGCCAUAAAGGUUACAUCGCUGCUCAUAAAUUCAAGAUCAAACACUUGCCUAAAACUCAUCGGGACCAAGACGUAUUGGAUGUCAUUAUAGCUGCGUCCCAGCUGACCGUACGAGUCAGUGUUCGAGCGAUCAGCCCACAGAGACCAGAAUUCUGGCCAGGCUCGAAUCAUUGCUAUCCACACUAUAAUGAACAAAAGUCACUCCUAAGGACAGGGAGUGGUAUGGUCAGUGAGGUGUACAAGUACACAGACGGCUAUUUUGAGCGAGACAGAGUUCAGCAUCACAAGAGGAAGCAACAUUGCUGGUGUGCAAAUUGUCAACGUUCCAAUACACCCAGCAGCGUGUGGUGGGAGGUGUUUGUGGACACGGCGGCACAUGUUGUUUUUGACGAGACUGAAGCGUGUGAAACAUCAUUAAGACUCUUCUACGACACAAAAGACAGUCCACUAUAUAUUAUUAAUACUGCUGUCAUAGACUUUGUCAAUGUCCAAAGAGACUUCUGUAAGUUGAAGUGUGUGACCUGUGACAAAUAUAUUGGAGAACAAUUGGAAAGGUUUUUCCUGAAUUUCGAUAAGGUUUGGAAGACGGUCACUAACAAGUACUUUGAUAAAAGAGACGUCAACAGGAUGACCUUUAUUGUGUCACACCCUCACGGCUGCCCGAAACAGAUAAGCCUUGGGGAGUGGCAAGACAAAUUACAGACUGGUGACUUCAUUAAAUUUUGCUAUACGACACCUACAUGCCCUGGAAGUAGUGGUGCCACUGUUCAGUGUAUUGGAUAUAGGUGGUGGGGCAGGUGGGAUCAGUUAGUCCACAGUGGCAAUAUUGAUUAUAAUCUAAAUAGCAGUGGUGCUGGUGAGGUGUGGUAGCAAGGAAAAUUUAAAAUGCUGACCAAUAGAAAAGGCAAUCUAGUUGUAGAAACUUGAUGGAGCAAGUUAAUUAAGUCAGAUAGAAAAGGAUUUUCAAUUCCGUCUUAUGUAAAUUUGAGUAACCAAGUACGGAUUUAUUUGUAUGAGUCUUUUGUUAAUUGAAUGAGUGAUAUGCUACUACGCUACACUGCAGCACCCCUGUAAUAAUACAUAGGUGUGACUGGCAAGACUAUUGCAGUCUCCCUAGCCCACCAGGGAGGGCAAAUUCCACCCACCGAAUACAGGCUGUAAGUUUUCCACAUGCUCUGGCUAUAAUUAAAAAAAAAACAACAGAAAUGGAAAAGUGGUUUGAGUGCUGGGACAAGUCCCAAAAAGCCCAUGGAGUCUCGGAGCGCAUGAGGCGCCCUGACCGCACUUCCCCGUGGUGGAGGCUGUCCAGGCCUGAGCAAGCUAUUAUAGCACAGUGCAGGACAGGCCACUGUCCUGUUGGCUCUUAUUUCUCACGGCUAUGGACAAAUUUCGAUUCACGGUACUCCCGCUGCGGGGAAGAAGAGGAAACCGUGCCUCAUAUUCUGUUUGACUGCCCCAGACUUGCUGAUCUCCGUCUCGACAGGUCUGGGAAACUAAAAAUUCUCGACCUGUAUGGCGACAUUUAUGCACUACGCAAGACAGCAGGGUUUCUGUCCAGGGCUUUUGCAAGAGAGAAUUUGAGUCUCUCAAGCCUUCACUCAAACGGAGUUUGAUGAUGAUGAUUGGACCUCUGAAUAUAAAAUGUAUUUUUUUAAGUCUUGUAUUUAAGACUUAGUUACAAAUUCAUUCGUGCUAGUAGGCUAUUAAAGUUCGUGACACUAUCUAUGUUUAUUUUAGUGUCUUUCUCGUGUUAACCCUUAAAGUGCUGAGUUGUUUUACAGUGUGUGCAUACAAAAUGGAAUUACAAUUCUGAUGUUUAGAGGCUAAACUGCCACAUGCGUUUUAAGGGUUAACGACGACAUCCUUGUGAUAGUUGGACCAAACUGAUGGCUAUGGUUAUCAAGUCUUGGGUUGUUUGUGAAGAUUAUCUUAUGUUGUAGUCACAGUCAAGAAAUUGAAAGAGUAUUCAUUUAGCUAUAUUUUAUUAUUAGGAUAAUGUAUUAGUUAAAGAUUAUAUUAUUAUUAUAUUAUAUAUAUAUAUGUGUUGCAGAAAUUAUCUGGAUUUAUUUCAUCAUUUGAUGUAUUAACAUUUUGUAUAAAUCUAUUACUGUUUUAUACCUAUCGUUUUAUGAAUCACCAUCCAGAAAGAUAUUUGCGACUGUGUGUGUAUGGUGUAAUGAACCCAUGGGCGCACGUAGGUAGAUGCAAGGCGGUGCACUUGCACCCCCCUGGAUUCAGAGUAGCCUAAUUCUAUCCAUUUAUUUUUUGCACCAUCAGAUCAAUUAAAAUCAAAGUAGCUACAACAAGCAGCGCUUCCCCUGUUGACUGAAGUACAGUUGUAGUAGACUAGCUUUGGCUUAUCAGGCAAUUGAUGGCUGACCAUAUACAUGUACCCCUCUGAAUUCUGAAUAGUCAAAUUUUAGCCAGUUAUUUACACCUUCAAAACAAUUAACUUCUGCUAGGAAGCAACUUAACAUGUAGUGCUUCCACUGACAUAAAGUUAAUAAGGAUAAGCUAUUGUUGUAAGAAACUAGAAUAGACUCAUCUGUAGAUCAUGUACGGCCAUGUGCGCUAUAUGAUAGACUUGCAAUUCAAUAUUCUAUAGCGCAUUAGUCGUAACGAUGUUUUCAUUUGCAGAUAAUUAUAGUUAUUAUAUUUAGUACAUGCCUAGAAUAUGAUACAAGUUUUUGUUGGUGUUUAUUGUCUUCGAGGAAACAUUCUAACCAGCUGUCUUUAGAUUUGAUAUAUGUGAGCGGUUUCCUUGAACAGGAUUGAGGAGUGCAGUCAUCUUGGUAAAUGUAGUUACGUCUUAUGGAGUUGCGGUCAGUGUUAGUAAGCCUACACGAUAAAAUAGCGGAUAAACACGUCCACCAGUUUAUGAUAGAAGAGAUAUAAUAAACUUCUUCACAAGCCCCCCCCCCCCCUGCAAAAAAUCAUGCAGGCGCCUAUGAAUGUAUCUGUCAGGCAGAGUCUAUUGUGAAAUAAAUUUUAAUAAUUACAUGCUUUCACUCUUAAAGAAAAACCUACAAGAACUGGACUAAAUACUCAAACUAAAAUAAUUUCAUGAUAAUAAACCCUAAUCAGAAUACAUAAAGAUGUUGUUUUGUGUGUGUGUGUGUGCUUUAAAUGUUUCGGUGUUCCUUCAGAAUUGACGAUGAAACAAGCUCGCCCAAGGCCAAACUUACCGCAGGACGGUGGGAAGGGGUGGGGCCUGGGGGAUGCGGUUGGCAGGGCGUGAUUCCGGGACCAUCAAUCAUUAUAAAAGCCCCGACAGUGAUCCAAUGAUCAGUGUAUAGACCAACCUAUUUGUAGUAUGUUGUGAUAAUAGACUGUUAAAAAACAACAACAUAUAUGUUCCAAGCCGAGGUGAACAUAUAACAGGCAAUGUCAACCGAGACUGUGACACUCAAGCAACCCAUUCCAUGCUCUAAUAGCACUAGGGAAGAAAGAGCAUUUGUACACAUUUGUCCAAGCAUAUGGGACGAGGAAUGGGCCUUUAUCUUUGUGUCUGAGUAUUUUAUUAAAUUGUGUUUUUGUAUUUGACGAUUAUGGUUCAGUGUUUUAUGUAUAAUUGCUACUUUUCUUUUUUUUUUCCUAAGUCUUUUACCCAGAAGGCUUUCUAAAUUUAAUGAUUUUACUAAAGGUGUUACUCUAGUCAAAUAUGAAUAUACGUUUGUAAUGAAUCUCACUGCUCUAUUUUGUGUCCCAGUUUCUUAAUGUUUUCUUGAGUUGAGGGGGUCCCAAACAGAGGAUGCAUAUUCUAAUAUGGCCUAACCAAGGUUAAAUAACAGUUUAGUUUUAUGUUCUUAUUUGAUUUAUAGGAAUGUCUUUGAAUAAACCCCAAUGCUUUGUUUGAUUUUCUAAUAGUUUCAUCUUCUCUAUGAAGUAGCAUAUGUAAAUAUGAAGACACUUUUUAAAGUUUAUUUCUUCAGAUCCAUAGAGAUUGUGGCCAAGGAAAUGAAUUACAUUUCACUGAAUCUUAUUCUUUUUAGUUCAAAGCUUACAAUUAAUGAAUAUU